CCGAUCCUUACUCCGUCACUGGUUUCACACUCUCCUCUCCGAAGGCACUCUAGAGAAAACCCUAAAUCCCCAAAUCGAGGAACACAGAGAUCUCGAUUGCAGAUGUCGUCGUCUUCCCCAAGUGGCACCGGUGACGAUUUGAGUGAGAGAAGAGGGAUCCCUGCCGCUAAAUUCAUCCAAGAUGUCGAGACUUAUCUCUCUCAAUCCAGCCUCGAUUCCAACUCUGCUCUCGCCUUCCAUCAAGAAAGGCUUCAGCAAUAUAAAGUUGUUGAGAUGAAGCUUCUUGCUCAGCAAAGGGAUCUUCAGGCUAAAAUCCCAGAUAUUGAGAAGUGCUUAGAGGUUGUUGGCACUUUGGAAGCAAGGAAGGGUACUGGUGAGGCCCUUCUGGCGGAUUUUGAAGUGUCUGAAGGAAUAUAUUCACGGGCCUGUAUUGAAGACACUGACUCAGUGUGUUUGUGGUUGGGAGCAAAUGUCAUGCUGGAAUAUACUUGUGAAGAGGCUACCGCCCUUUUGAAAAACAAUCUGGAAAAUGCUAAAGCCAGCCUGGAGGUUCUUGUAGCUGAUUUACAGUUCUUGAGGGAUCAAGUCACAGUUACUCAGGUGACUAUUGCGCGUAUCUAUAACUAUGAUGUUCAGCAGAGGAGGGUUAAACAAGUUGCCCCUACUGCUAUUACUGCUGCAGACUCAUGAAUCACAGGUUCAAAUCAAUAAUCGUGUGAGAUUAUAAGGAGGUUAUGUGAUUUCUGCAACACCUUUUGGUUUGUAACUCUUGAUCUUCUUUUUUUGCUAUCUUGAUGAAAUUUUGUUUCUGAGACAAACACAUGGAUAGAAACAUUAGCAUUGUUACAUCGUUUGUUGUCGGAGUUCUGAGACCAAUCUUGUGUCUUUUUGCGAUUGAAGUACUACUCCUUGUUAAAGGAUGUGAUAAAUAUAUCAAACUAUUUGCAGAA